AUGGGGACCCGACAAGCACCAGGGUUUAAGUUAGUACCACAAUCGGACGAGCUUGACACUGACAAACCUAUCCUUGAAACAACCGCAAUUGAUCCUCGCUCAACUACCUCCCCUCAAAAGCGCUGGUCUGACCCGGUCUGGCUGUGUGUCUACGGGAAUACUGCCAUUCUAUUGAUCAACGUAAUAUUCACCAUCGCUGCUGCCUCGUGGGCAGCCUCUCACGAUGGAGAUUGUCAUCCUGACGGCAACCAGCAGCUUUUCCUGUCAUAUUUUGAUGUCGCCCUCCCGAGCCGACGUGGAUCGCGCCCAUUCCGAGCGCCGCUGGCUCACCAUUGCUGUGUUUUCCAUGCGAAACUUCAAAAACCUCCGGUGGCCCCAUCGAAUGCUGUGGAUUCUAUUGACCGGGACCUCACUCAUUGUACAACUCAUGAGCGUUUGUCUGACUGGCUUAGUUAUAACUCUGUGAUCUAUUCCUCCAUCAAUGCGAAUUCCUACGCCGCGCUGAUUGCCUCGCAUGAAUUUGUCUCGAACACCAGCAUUCCCACCUCUGAUUUUGAAGCUCAGUCUUGUUACCCUGUGGUCGAUCUCGCAUGGAAUAUUUCGGAUCUCCGAGCAAGCAUACUUAAUGGAGAAUUUGAGGUUCUAGACACCCAGUCAUGCAUUGAAGCAUACGCCGUGGAGUACCUUUCUGAUCGACGAACGGUUAUUGCGGUUCCCUCCGAAUCAAUGACUGCCAACAGCACGAGGUUGUACAUGAGCGGAUAUGGAUGGCCUGCCAGGAUCUACGGCGUGAAUAACCGUUCCAACGUGAUACAGGGGAGUGGAUUGAUCGGGAAUUACUUCGACUCUUCUGGUUAUCACCCUGGCGACGCAUUUAGUUGGAUUUGUAGCUGGAGCGAUGCCUACAAGAACUGCACCAAGGAGACUGCGCAAGCUAUGAGUCCAUGGACGAUACUUGGGGAGACGUGGACUCCCUCCACUUCGAUACAACAGUCCAAUAAAACCUCAUUAGAUUGGAUGGAAGUGGCCUGGACAUCAGAUGCAGAUCUUGAAUUAGAUUGGAGUGGACUUAACAAGACUGAAAGGACAGAUCUGAAGACUAAACUCGAGGCCAACCCAACGCAGGAACAGCUGAAGGCUUAUAUUCGCCACCGUGAUUGGAGCAACACGACAUUUGCAGACAGCGUGACGAUUACUUCCUCUUGCACAAAUGAGGAUUGGUAUAAAUAUUUCAUGUAUGGGGCUCCAGACCGGAAUUUAGCCUUUCCAAUUGAGUAUUGCCUGAGCCAAAAGACGGGCGAUCAAUGUCGGCUGCUCUAUCAUAUGCCCAUUGGGGUAGUUAUGAUUAUAUGCAUUCUCCUCAAAGUGGUCUGUUUAUUUUGUCUGGUGAACAUCGACCGCCGCACCCGUUUCCUGACAGUUGGCGAUGCCGUGUCUUCGUAUCUGCAAAACCCAGAUCCUUUGACCAAGGGCUGGUGUAUGCUUUCCAAAUCGACGGUAAAGCAGAGCGAAGAAUGUCCCUGGGGUCCCAGCUGCGACCACGAGGGCAAAAGCCAGCCGCUCCCACCCCCAGCCCAUCCCGAGAAACCCUCCAUCAAGAUAAGACAGUGGUCGAAGGCGUGUAACACUUGGUUCUCACUGGGCGCACUUGUUAUCCUGGUGAUUUACAUCGCCUUAACGCAGACCUUGCCCGAAUACGCUCAAGCAGCAGCACAGAACGAAGCAUAUGAGGACGUCCCGAUCUCACAGAUCUGGAAGAUCAGAGGCUUUGGCUCCGUGCAGUCUGAUGCCCUACUCACAAACCUGGCUACAACCUACGUGGGCAUGGAGCUGCUCGCUAAUACCCCACAAUUUUUAGUAUCAUUACUAUACUUCCUGUUCAAUGACUCUCUGACCCGCAUGCUUCACGCUGCCGACUACAACAGCUAUGCGGUCUCGCGCCGGCCACUACGGGUCUCCUUUCCCCAGGGCGAGCAGCGAUCCACAUUCUACCUGUCCAUCCCGUACCGUUACUGCCUGCCGCUCCUGCUCACCUUCACGCUGAUUCACUGGUUCAUCUCGGAAGGAAUAUUCUACGUACAGAUCCUCCCAUAUGACCUUGCUGGCAAGCCGCUUUCCUCCUCCGUCCUGAUGACGUGCGGAAUAUCAACCAUCCCUCUCGAGGUAGCGAUGUUUCUCUCCAUAGCCACCUUGCUGGGGAUCUGGUUACUUUCGGCCCGGAGAUUCAAAUGUGAUAGCAUGCCCUUUGCAAUUGGAUGUAGUGUUGCGAUCAGCGCCGCGUGUCACCCGCCUUCAAAUGACCCAGAUGCAGCUUUCAAACCAGUGAUGUGGGGUGCCUUGAUGGAUGAUACUGAUGGAGCUACUGAUGUGCCAGCUCAGCACUGCUGCUUUACAUCCUUGGGUGUGAAGGAACCCCAGGGAGACCGUAUGUAUAGUUGA